CUGCCGGCCGAGCGAGUCGAUGAGGACGAGCGAGAGCCAGGUCCCAGCUGAAGUGCUCGGCGGCUCCGGGGGCGGCUCGCCUUCUUCUCCAGCCUCUCGGCUUUCAUGCAGGAUGCUGUGUUCUCUGCUCUUUUGUGAAUGUCUGUGGCUGAUAACUGCUUAUGCUCAUGAUGAUGACUGGAUUGAUCCCACAGACAUGCUUAACUAUGAUGCCGCUUCAGGAACAAUGAGAAAAUCUCAGGUGAAGUAUGGUAUAUCAGAGAAAGAAGAGGUCAGUCCUGACUUAUCACAUGCUGAUGAAUUGUCAGAAUGUUACAGCAGACUUGAUUCUUUAACUCAUAAGAUCGAUGAGUGUGAAAAACAGAAGAUAAAAGACUAUGAAAGUCAAAGCAAUCCUGUUUUUAGGAGAUACUUAAAUAAGAUUUUAAUUGAAACCAGAAAGCUUGGCCUUCCUGAUGAAAACAAAGGUGAUAUGCAUUAUGAUGCCGAGAUUAUCCUUAAAAGACAAACCUUGUUAGAAAUACAAAAGUUUCUCAGUGGGGAGGAUUGGAAGCCAGGAGCCUUGGAUGAUGCACUAAGUGAUAUUUUAAUUAAUUUUAAGUUUCAUAAUUUUGAAACAUGGAAGUGGCAAUUUGAAGAUUUCUUUGGAGUGGAUCCAUAUAAUGUAUUCAUGAUACUUCUGUGUCUGCUCUGCAUCGUGAUGUUAGUAGCUACUGAGCUGUGGACGUAUGUUCGUUGGUACACCCAGUUGAGACGUGUUUUAUUCAUCAGUUUUCUCAUCAGUUUGGGAUGGAAUUGGAUGUAUUUAUAUAAGCUAGCCUUUGCCCAGCAUCAGGCUGAAGUUGCCAAGAUGGAGCCAUUAAACAAUGUGUGUGCUGAGAACAUGGAUUGGACUGGAAGUCUCUUAGAAUGGCUUAGAAGUUCAUGGACCUAUAAGGAUGACUCAUGCCAAAAAUACUAUGAGCUCUUAUUAGUCAACCCUAUUUGGUUGGUCCCACCAACAAAGGCACUAGCAGUUACAUUCACCAACUUUGUCACGGAGCCAUUGAAGCAUAUUGGAAAAGGAGCUGGUGAAUUUAUUAAAGCACUCAUGAAGGAGAUCCCAGUGUUACUACACAUUCCAGUGCUGAUAAUUAUGGCAUUAGCUGUCCUGAGUUUCUGCUAUGGUGCUGGAAAAUCAGUUAAUAUGCUGAGACAUGUGGGUGGCCCUGAAAGAGAACCACCCCAGGCACUUCAGCCAGGUGAAAGAAGAUGGCAGCAGGAAAUUGAUGAUAGACCCCAUGGCGGAGCAGGUGAUGCCGAUUUCUAUUAUAGGGGCCAAAUUGGCCCCAUUGAGCAAGGCCCUAAUGACAAAACAUGUGAGGGUAGAAGAGAUGUUUUGAGAGAGAGAGAUGUUGACUUGAGAUUUCAGACUGGCAACAAGAACCUUGAAGUGCUUCCGGCAUUUGAUUUACCAGACGCAGAGGUGAGAGAGCAUCCCAAGGUGGUACCCAGUCAUAAAUCACCUAUUUUGGAUACAAAGCCCAAAGAAAUCGGUGGAAUCUCAGGAGAAAGCACACUGACUGAAAGCAGCCAGUCUGCUAAGCCUGUCUCUGGCCAAAAGAUACCAGAGAGUGUGGAAGGUUCCCCUGCAGUGGGAAAGGCCCAGCUCAGCACUGACGCCACAGGCGGCCCAGAGGAAGGCAGCACGUCCAGCCCAGCAAGCACUGCAGUGAGGGUGUGUGGAAGGGAUCCAGACUGUAGCCCAUGUGGCUAAAGGAACACAGACAUGGACCACAGCUCUGAGUACGCGGGCCUCUCACUGUUGUGGCCUCUCCCGUUGUGGAGCACAGACUCCAUACGCGCCGGCUCAGCGGCCAUGGCUCACAGGCCCAGCCACUCCGCAGCAUGUGGGAUCUUCCCGGACCGGGGCACGAACCUCUGUCCCCUGCAUCGGCUGGUGGACUCUCAACUACUGCGCCACCAGGGAAGCCCAGCAUUUGCUUUUUGAUAUAUUUUUUACGUGAAAUGCAGAAAUACCCCUUUUUGGCUCCCAGAAGCAUCACUUAGAUGCCUGUAACAAUUUAAUUUUAUUUGUUAAUAUUAUUUUCUAGCUUACUACUGCAAACAUUAGUAUUUCAUCAGAAAGGUAAUUUCCUCCAAGAAAUGCAAAAGGAUUUUAUAUAAAACUUUAUAACAUAGUAGGCAUAUAGGGAUGCCGGCAGUUUGGGAUAGAUUUGUGAACACUGAUGAAUAUAAAGUCAUCUGGGGACUAGGCCUGUUCACACUGAUUGUAUGCUCCGAAGGUGCUAAUUAUCCUCUGAGCUGUGAAAUGAAUGCCUCAGUUGAUAAGACUGUAACUGUGAGAGUACAGUUAAUGUUGUUUUGCACUUCUGACUGCUUUUUAUCUAUCCAAAAACGAAUCUUUAAAAGAAAAUUUAAGAAAAAGUUCACCUUUGUGUUCUUUCAUUACAGAUAACCAUUUGGGGAUGAAAUCUACUUUGACAGCAGGGCAGCAAGGUACUGUUGAAAGGUGACAGCAAUUCAGGGAAGACUUAUUAAAGCAAAUUGAACAUAUCAAGGCCAGUUUAUAGCUAGAAGAAGCAGGCUGGUUUAUUGUUUAGCCAAUAUUUAUCAUUAAAAUCAAGGAUUAUAGUAACGAGCUUUUAGGAAAAUCAGAGUGGGGCAGAUAGCUUUUCAAAAGCAGUUUUUAAGUGGAAUGGAUAACGCUGAAUGUUUACAGGGUCUGAGAACUACCAUAUACACAAAAUAAACACUUAUUUUACAUUA